AUGCACCUGCCGGGCUGCGCCCCCGCCAUGGCCGACGGCAGCUUCUCGCUGGCCGGCCACCUGCUCCGCAGCCCGGGAGGGAGCAGCUCGCGGCUGCACAGCAUCGAGGCUAUCCUGGGAUUUACCAAGGAUGACGGGAUCCUCGGCUCCUUCUCGCCGGAGCCGGGCGCCCGGGGCGCGAAGGAGCGGGAGAGGAGGCCGGGCGCGCGGGCCGCCUGCCCCAAGGCGCCCGGGGGCAGCGGCGAGCCCUCCCCGCAGCCGGCCCCGGCGCCGGCCCCGGAGUACGAAGCCCCUCGGCCCUAUUGCCCCAAGGAGCCCGGCGAGGCACGGCCGAGCCCCGGGCUGCCGGUCGGGCCCGCCACCGGUGACGCGAAGCUGUCGGAGGAGGAGCAGCCCAAGAAGAAGCACCGGCGGAACCGCACGACCUUCACCACGUACCAGCUGCACGAGCUGGAACGCGCGUUCGAGAAGUCUCACUACCCCGACGUGUACAGCCGCGAGGAGCUGGCCGGCAAGGUCAACCUACCCGAAGUCCGGGUCCAGGUGUGGUUCCAGAACCGACGGGCCAAGUGGCGGCGGCAGGAGAAGCUGGAGGUGUCGUCCAUGAAGCUGCAGGACUCGCCGCUGCUCUCGUUCAGCCGCUCCCCGCCGUCGGCGGCUCUGGCGCCCCUCGGGGCGGGCCCGGGCGGCGGCGGCGGCGGCGGCGGCGGGCCGGCGGGGGGCGCGCUGCCGCUCGAGUCGUGGCUCGGGGCGCCGCUGCCGGGCGGGGGCGCCACGGCGCUGCAGAGCCUGCCGGGCUUCGGGCCGCCGGCGCAGAGCCUGCCCGCCAGCUACACGCCGCCGCCGCCGCCGCCCUUCCUGAACUCUCCGCCGCUCGGCCCCGGCCUGCAGCCCCUCGCGCCGCCGCCGCCGCCGCCGCCGCCCGCCUACCCGUGCGCGCUCGGCUUCGGGGACAAGUUCCCGCUGGACGAGGCGGACCCGCGCAACAGCAGCAUCGCGGCCCUGCGCCUGAAGGCCAAGGAGCACAUCCAGGCCAUCGGGAAGCCGUGGCAGGCCCUCUAG